AAGCACAGGUAUCAACUGCUCAUACACUCUCCCAAGUGCUGCUGGGACUAACGAAGGUAUCUCAGGGUGUUUGGAGCUGCGCGUGCUAGUCACCGCACCGCAAUGACAUUGGACGAGGCCGCGAGCGCGAUACAAUGCAUGGUUCCCCGGUGGAGAGCUCCCAGCGCAAGCACGCCUCGAUACCAGCCCGUGGACUACAUCAAGCCCGCUCAACGUUGCUCGCGCUGGCGCAAGUGCCGUCCUAGAAACUCGGCCCUCCUGCAGCUGCUUGUCCUCCCCCUCCUUUCCAUGACAAACGGCGUGCGGGCGCAAUUCCUCGAGAUCUCCACUCCGCCUACACUCACGCAAUGUGUUCCCACAACCAUUGUCUGGACGGGCGGCAUGGCGCCCUACUUCCUCUCCAUUGUCAACGUCCCGGGGAGUACGCCCCCGGGUCUUCCAAACUUCUCUCUGGAGUUCAACAAUCUGAACACCACGGUCUUCACCUGGAAUACGGGGUUCGCCGCAGGGACUCCGGUGGUGUUCCGUAUAAACGAUUGCGACGGUACCUCGUCGAAGCAUACGGAUGCGGUGGUCACCCAGUCCGGGGCGAUCGAUACCUGCCUUCCGCAAGUGAACAUCGGAGCGACAGCCGCAUACUACGUAGGGGCUCCCACGACGACCUCCUCAGGCCUUUCGAUGCCGAGUGCGGGACCUCCUCCGGCUCCGGAGAGCACAAACUCGUCCAGACGCGGUGGCCACAGCGGUGCCGGCAUCGCCGGAGUUGUGCUGGGUUCCGUUCUUGCUGUUAUCAUGCUUGCUAUGCUCGGGUUCCGCAUUGUUGCCAAACGCAGAGAAUCUAGCACGUCGGUCGACGGAAGAGGGAGGCCUAACGCAAUAUCCCCACACGCUCAAGACAGCGAAACGCGAUCUUGGACGGCCACGUCGUCUGCACCUUGGAGAGUCGUGCCUUCGCAACAGACACGCGCUGGGACAAUCAGGCGAUCUGAGGCGGAUGUCGCCACCCAUUCAGCAUCAAACGGAGCGUCCCGACCUACCUCUCUCGCCGUCCAAGCCACAGUCCCGCCGCCUUCAGACUCAGACUUCGUCGUCCACGACGACGAAAAAUGCGAGGUAGCAGACGCGCGUACGGCGAAUUUGGAGACGGCUCCGGAAGCCGUUCUUCGUGGGUCCUGGUCAGACCGGUGGGGGCGGACAGACCUUGGCUCCCUAGCACAGGGCCAGGUUCGUGCUUGUGCGAUGGACGGCGGCGUGAGCCUUGCGGGGGGGCGUGUCAUGCAGGCAGUCGAAGAUUUGGACGACGGUCGUUCGAGCUCGGCGGGUUCGACGCUUCCACCCCCAUACGACUCCUCGUACUGAGCAUGUCGCUUCAUCGGCUUCG